AUGUCCGACUCGUUCUCACUGCCGACGCCCCCUUCCCUCGACCUGACGAUCGGCGCCGAGCUCGUCGGACUCGGCGUCUCGCUCGCGCUCUAUGGCGCGACGACCGGCCAGCUCUUCUGGUACUUUCGGAGGCUCGACGGGUUGAGCCUGAGGAAGUGGAUGGUCUACUACGUCGUGGCGUUAUGGCUGUUGGGCACCGUACAAGCCGUGCUCUCCUCAUAUCUCCUGGGCAGAUACGUUGUCGUCGGAAGGGGUAACCUCGCCGCCAUCUUCGGCUCCACGAAGGCUUACGCGGCAAAUACCAUAGCGUUGGACAUCAGCAGCUGCAUGGUCCGGUUUGGAUACUUCUACAGGAUCUGGAAAUUCAACCGCAAACGAUAUCUGGCCUUGAUCAUUCUGGGUGCCGUUUUGACACUGCUGGUGACUGCAGUGUCCCUUUUCUUCAGCAUCCGCUCGGCCCGCUUGGACUUCUUCUGGCAAAUUCCAGGAGCGCAUUUGACCUGGACGUUCUUCCUCGCGUCCGGUGUGCAGAUUGUUAUCGACAUGAUGAUCUCCUUCGCCGUCUUCGUGUCCUUCCUGCGGUUCUACACCGGGAUCAAACGAUUGGACCUGUUGAUCCGGACCAUCGUGGUGUUUGCACUCAGCACAGGCUCGCUCAACGUCAUCCUCUCGACCUGUAGUAUGAUCAUCUUCAGCGUGCUUCCAGCAAGCUAUGUGUUCGUCGCCACGGUCUGGGUCUUCUGCCAACUGGAGAUCUGCUCGUUCCUCGCCGUGCUCAACACCGAGAAGGAGCUCGUGCACCGCUCGCUGAACCACGCCCAGCUCGCGCGCGGCACCGCGGGCGAGACGAUCCUGCUCACGACGAGGGUCGACGUCGGCUCCUUCCCGGGCACGCUGCCGCCGUCGAUGGGUGGCGUCACGGAGGAGGGCGAUCUUCCCUUCCUCACCAGAACUCACCGCUCUCCUCAAUCCCUCGAACUCGACCUCGACCUCUACCCCGCGCCCUCACCCCCUUACACGACGAUCCUGAGCCGUCGGUUACCCCCACCUCUAUACCGCCUAGCCUCGCACACGGCCUACAGUCACAGCCUCUAA